UUUCAAAGUCUCCAGAACUCUCUGAUUCUUGACUUUUGUGUGCCCACUAUGAACACAUAUUCAUUACUGAGCUCAUUCACUCACUCACUUUACUCUAUAUAUAUAUUUGUUACCUUUGCUUUUUGUAUUCUUGAUUGGAAGAACAAUCUCUGUGAAACUUUUCGGUGAUGGGUUGGCUUAAAAAGAUUUUCAAAGGAUCCACACAUGGAACCUGUGAAGGACAAUACCGGGGGAAGUAUGACGUUAAUGUUGUUUGGAAUGAACCCUCCAAAACAUCGGAAGGGCCAUCACAAUAUAAAGAUGAAGAUGAAGAUGAAGAUCUAGAUCAUGCAAUUGCAGUUUCUCUAUCUGAAGAAGAAUGUAAGGGAAAAGCAAUCGAUAAGAAACCACAGAUAGAGGAAGAUGAGCAGCUAGCAAGAGCUUUACAUGAUAGUUUGAAUGCUAGCUAUCCAUUCAAUAAUAUUGGUCAAAUUUAUCGACCAUCACCAUUUUCCUUUUUAUCAACAUUCAGAAGAUGUGCAGGAUGCCAUAGAGAGAUCACUGAUGGACGCUUUCUGAGCUGUAUGGGUGCUAUUUGGCACCCGGAGUGUCUUCGCUGCUAUGGUUGUAACAAUCCAAUAUCUGAUAAUGAGUUCUCUGUUCACGGGAAUCGACCGUACCACGCUUCUUGUUACAGGGAAUUGCGCCAACCCAAAUGUGAUGUUUGCAAGUCGUUUAUUCCGUCAAAUGUCUUUGGUCUUAUUGAAUAUAAAGCUCACCCUUUUUGGCAACAAAAGUAUUGUCCAUCACAUGAUUAUGAUCAUACUCCAAGGUGCUGUAGUUGUGAAAGAAUGGAGCCAAGAGACAUGAAAUACAUUACACUCGAUGACGGGCGGAAACUCUGCCUUGAGUGCCUAGAUUCAGUAAUAAUGGACACAAAUGAGUGCCAACCUCUUUUCCAAUUUAUAAAAGAGUUCUACGAAGGUCUGAAUAUGAAAAUCGAACAACAAAUUCCUUUAUUGCUUGUCGAGAGACAAGCACUUAAUGAAGCCAUGGAAAGUGAGAGAAAUGGAACUCAUCACCUUCCUGAGACAAGAGGUCUCUGUCUGGCAGAGGAACAAAUUGUCAGCGUUAUUUCAAGGAGGCCAACAAUAGGUCCUGGGAACAUGAUCACCGAUAUCUUGACCCGUCCAUACAGACUUGUCCGGCAGUGUGAAGUAACAGCCAUACUAAUUCUAUAUGGACUCCCUCGCUUGCUUACAGGGACAAUUCUAGCCCAUGAGAUGAUGCAUGGUUGGAUGCGGCUUCAAGGGUUUCGAGGUAUCAAUCAUGCAGUUGAGGAAGGUAUCUGCCAGGUAUUAGCACAUAUGUGGCUUGAGGCAGAGAUUGCAGCAGGAUCAAGUAGCAAUUCAGCAUCGAGUUCAUCAUCAUCGUCAUCGUCAUCGUCCUCAUCCUCGAGGCCGACAAGGAAAGGCAUAAGAUCUCAGUUUGAGAAGAAAUUUGCUUUGUUUAUCAAGUAUCAAAUGGAGUCUGAUACUUCACAGGCGUACGGUGAUGGAUUCAGAGCUGGUCUUCGAGCCGUUCAAACAUACGGCCUUAGGCAAACACUCAAUCAUAUUCGUCGGACUGGAAUAUUUCCAUGAUAUUUGUGAUCAAGAGAGCCUUUUUCUUGAUCUACGCUGCACUGCUUUAAUCUGAAAUCAUUACAAAUUGUUUGUGUGGUUAUUUGUCGAAAAUGAAGUCUUCUUGUCUGGACAGUCUAUUAAUAGCAUAUGUAUAUAUCUAAUUAUGCAGGAUAUUAUUUAUAUGUGUAUUUUAUUAUUUGCUUAUAGA